UGACAUCCUGACUAUUUUUGUCUGAUUACUGAAAACUUGGAUUGCAGAACCCCGCGCUACCCCUCCAUCGCCAACAUGUCCUCCAAGUCGCAAUUGACCUAUAGCGCACGCGCUAGCAAGCACCCCAAUGCCCUUGUAAAGAAGCUCUUCGAGGUUGCCGAGGCCAAGAAAACCAACGUCACCGUUUCCGCUGACGUGACAACCACCAAAGAGCUGCUGGAUUUGGCUGACCGACUCGGCCCGUACAUUGCCGUGAUUAAGACUCACAUCGACAUCCUUUCCGAUUUCAGCGAAGAAACCAUCACCGGUCUCAAGGCCCUUGCAGAAAAGCACAAUUUCCUCAUCUUCGAAGAUCGCAAGUUCAUCGAUAUCGGAAACACAGUCCAGAAGCAGUACCAUGGUGGCACUCUGCGCAUCUCCGAGUGGGCCCACAUCAUCAACUGUAGUAUUCUGCCUGGUGAGGGUAUCGUCGAGGCUCUGGCCCAGACUGCUUCGGCCGAGGACUUCCCUUACGGCUCCGAGAGGGGACUUUUGAUCCUUGCGGAGAUGACAUCCAAGGGAUCUUUGGCUACCGGUCAAUAUACUACUUCUUCUGUUGACUAUGCUCGGAAGUAUAAGGAGUUCGUGAUGGGAUUUGUCUCGACGCGUCACCUGGGGGAGGUUCAGUCCGAAGUUAGCUCGCCUUCGGAGGAUGAGGACUUCGUCGUCUUCACGACAGGUGUCAACCUCUCGUCGAAGGGAGACAAGUUGGGACAGCAGUACCAAACUCCUGAGUCAGCUGUUGGACGCGGUGCCGACUUUAUUAUUGCUGGCCGCGGAAUCUAUGCUGCUCCCGAUCCCGUGGAGGCGGCUCGGCGGUACCAGAAGGAGGGAUGGGAUGCAUACAUGAAGCGUGUUGGCGCGCAAUAAGUAGGGUGUAGCUGAUACGUGCUUCUUAAUGGCAACAUGUCGCAAGUAUGAUGCGAAUGAUAAAUUUAGCACUCAAAAUGACCACUAUGUAUCUAUGAUCGGCCGGUGCUAAGAGAUACCCUCUCCAUAUGAAUAAGACGCCUACCUCAGUA